AUGAAUCAUUAUGUUGACGUUCCAUUGAUCGACAAGAAUAGAGUUAAAGUCAAAAAGGGAUUUAAAGGUAUUGACUUUUACCAUGCUAAUUUCAUUACUGGUGGAUGUUACCCUCUCAUUUGUGGUCAGGGGCCAAUAAAUAAAUCAACUUAUCAAUUUUGGGCAUUGGUCAUUGAGCAAAAUUGCGGUGUCGUCGUUCAACUCUGUAAAGAUAAUGAAGGGGGCGAAAUCAAAUGCGGAAAUUAUCUAAAUAGUGGAACAACGAAGUACGGACAAAAUAUAACAAUAAAAAUCAAGGAACAGACCGUUUAUUUACCCUCCAAUAAAGAUGUCCGAAAAACCGUAAUCGAAGCUGGAUAUAAAGACAAAAAGUUCAUUGAAGUGAGUAAUAGAAAUUUUUAG